AUGUCUACAUGGUCGCCUUCUGCCUCUGUAUCUUCUUUUAUCACUUUAUCGGCUCUCUCAAACCGUAAACCCUCUGCAUCCUUCGAGACCGUUCCCUUGGAGUUGAUCGCGGAGGCACAUUCAAAAGGUUAUCACAGCGUCUGUCUACCACUGACCACCGAAGAUUGGCGCAAAAGAUGGGCGGAAAUGUGUCUUGUGCCAUCUGAUUCUAUCCAGAAGCGAAGAAGAGAAAGUAGACGUGAAAGCAAAUUGGUGAGCCGAGACCUCUCCGCGGAGAGGAAAGCAGAGGCGUGGAGAGAAAACCCUUGUUUUGAACGGGAGGAGGUUACAAUUACCAGAUUGGAUGAAGCUGAACAUGUCACUGCGAUCAUUUCAGAAUGGUUAGAAUUGGAUGCCGAGGAGGACGGUAUCCGUUACGAUGCUGAAAUAGCUUUACAACAAGAGUUGGCCUAUGCGUCAUAUCUGAAUAUCCAUACUGCCAUUCUUCCUCCGCCUCGGAAUCGUGAUCACAUCUCCUCUUAUGCUCGAAUUGUCAGAGCUUGUCUCUCAAGUGCUCCGUACAUGAAUCUUGCAAUCCGAUUGCCGGUAUAUGAUACUUCAAUCUUAGAGCCCGUUGUACCACUAUCACCGUCCAGCUCACCGUCUUCUUUUCGAUCAUCUUCUGCUCCUUCCACGCCACGGCUCGUCGUCUCUGGUAGCGCAGAUAGUCUCAACAGAUUAUCAACCACUUCGGCACCUCUAGAGGCACACAUUGAUGCAGCGUGGGAGACGUGGGAUCUUAUCAAGUCCAUCUGCGACUACAAUAUACGUCUCGCACUUGCAUUAGACCUGACGCCUCCAUUACCCAACAGUCCAGGAGUGCUUAGCAAAUGGGCAGCGGAAGCAGUUCGCUAUAUUUUCCUCCCUUCGUCCACUUUCAUCGCCAACGCAAAAGGCUACCCGGUUUUACCCAAACCCACUCAAACCUUCAUUAGAGACAGUAUGACACAUCGGCCCAACAUCAUAAUAUCUGGAGCUUCUUCCGGUCUGCAUAAGCGGGGUGGUGAAGAUGCGUAUUCACAGUACGUUAAGCAUCUGGAACGAACAAGUUCUGUCGUACAAGCUGCAGAGAAAGUUGGAACAGUUGAAAAUUUUGCGCAAGGAUAUCAGGAUUACUUGCAAGCCCCAUUGCAACCUCUGAUGGAUAAUUUACAAAGUAUCACCUAUCAAACUUUCGAACAAGACCCAGUAAAAUACCGGAGCUACGAGGAGGCCAUACACAAAGCUCUUCUAGAAUGGCCCAAGCAGGACAAAAUCAUAAUAUGUGUCGCAGGCGCUGGCCGAGGACCACUGGUCGCUCGUUCGCUUUCUGCAAUUGAGCGGUCCAAACGAGGAAAUGUAUGUUUAUAUGCAAUUGAGAAGAAUCCGAAUGCUUUCGUCACUUUACAAAAUCGUCAGCGGACGGAAUGGCACGAUCGUGUUCAUCUGUUGUUUGGAGACAUGCGACUCAUUAAAAUCCCCGAAAAUGUUGACAUUCUGGUCAGCGAACUUCUGGGAUCCUUCGGCGAUAACGAGCUUAGUCCUGAAUGCCUUGAUGGGGCAAUGAGAUUCUUAAAGCCCCACGGGAUAUCCAUACCAUCCUCUUAUACUGCUCAUUUGGCUCCCUUGUCAUCUUCCAAGUUGUACAACGAGGCUAGAGCAAUUAAAGAAGAAAAAAGCCUAGAAACCCCAUACGUGGUUAUGUUCCAAGCUGUCAAUCUUCUCAGCGGUGAGGGACCUGGACCCAGUGGUUUAUGUGGGCCACAGGUGCAGGAAUGCUGGGAGUUUGAACACCCAAGAAAAAAUCCUGUCCUGAAUCCUCAAGGGCUCCCACCGACGAACAGCCACAAUACUCGGUCAGCAAAGCUGCGGUUUCAUAUCCCUCAUGCAGGGGUGCUGCAUGGUUUGGCAGGCUACUUUGAAGCUAUCCUCUAUGGAAAUAUCGGCUUGAGUAUACAUCCGCAUCGCAAGGAUCAGGUAUCCAAAGACAUGCUCAGCUGGUUUCCUCUCUUCUUUCCGUUUAAGGAACCGCUGUAUCUGCCGAGCAACUCUGAGUUACAGAUCUCGAUAUGGAGGUUAACGAACGGCCGACAAGUAUGGUACGAAUGGCAUGCCGAGUCCUUCUUGGGCUCUUCACCUCCUACAUUCCCUGCCACGAGCGGUGGCCAGCCUUUACCACCCAUUUUGAUGGCUUCACCCACAAUUGGUGUUCCCAGUCCACUGAUUGAUGCAGUCGAUCUGAUACCUCGUUCCAAUCUCUCAGUCCAGGAUGCUCCGGAUCGAUCAACCGCCAGAUUGGUUAAAAUAGGACACACAAGCCUUCACAAUCCGGGUGGUCGCAGCAGUUGGAUUGGAUUGUGA